GACAUGGCACAGCACUUAGUAGUAUUGGCAGUUCUUUUGCCCAUGAUUUUGGGAGUAAUGGGAGAUCCUCGAACAAGUAACAUAACAACGGUAUCUGUAGUUCAGAAAUACGGCUAUCCAAUUGAAACUCACAAAGUAACAACAAAUGACGGGUAUAUUCUUACCAUGCACCGUAUUCCUUAUUCCCCUAACCCUAAUAAUACUGCAGACGAACCUUCUUCCGAACCCAAACCAGUUGUCUUCAUCCAACACGGUCUGUUGUGUUCCUCCAUCGACUGGGUUAUGCUUGGACCAAAGCGGGCAUUAGCUUUAUUGCUCGCUGAUGAAGGCUUCGACGUGUGGUUAGGCAAUGCUCGUGGAAACACUUAUUCCCGUCAGCACAUCAAUAUGGACGCCGAUAAGGAUGGCAAGUACUGGGACUUUGACUGGCAUGAGAUUGGGACGAUAGAUCUACCAACAAUGCUUGAUUACGUUCGUGAGAAGACAGGCGUUAAAAAGGUCGUUUACAUCGGACACUCUCAAGGAACUACCGCUUUCUUGGUUCUUAACUCACUUAAUCCCGACUAUAACAAAUAUUUCGAAUCAGCUCAUUUACUAUCGCCAGUGGCUUACAUGAGCCAUUUGACUUCCCCGUUUGUCAAAUAUGUUGCUCCACUUUUAGGCCGUCCCACAUUAAUAGGACCUAUGGAUCUUUUGGGACAUUACGAAUUCAAACCAAGCAAGACCCUUAUGAAUAUAGUUGCAGCAAUGAUGUGUGACAAAAAAGCCCAUAACUACAAGCUUUGCUCGAAUGCACUGUUCCUGGCUGCUGGAUUCGACAGUGACACUAUUGAUCCCAGCAUAAUUGACGAUGUUAUGGAAACUGGUCCUGCUGCAGCAUCGACCAAACAAUUCUUGCAUUACAUGCAGGAAUACAAUUCCGGGUAUUUCAGAGAGUUUGAUUAUGGAAUGGCCCGCAAUUUGAUUAAGUACCGAUCAACCAAACCUCCAAACUAUCCCAUUGGCAACAUCGAUGUUCCUCUUUAUUUGUACUACAGUGACAAUGAUGCCUUAGCUGCAGUUGAAGAUGUCCAUCAACUAAUUAGGGAGCUUAAUUGUGUUCAGAAAGCUUAUAGAGUUCCAGAAGCUAAUUUUGAUCAUUUGGGUCAGAUGUACAAUCCUAGGAUCAGAGAUCAUGUUUAUGAUAUAUUAAAACACAACAUUCAUAGCAAUACCGCAACUGGGCGCACAAUUUAA